CCCACUUUCUUUGGGCUUUGGUUCGAGCUUUGUGUGAAGCACUUCUCUUGUCUGUGAAAGUUAGGAAGCGCCUAGUCACACAAAAGGUACAGGAGCAAUGGCCAAUAUCAAAGUAGCUGUGAGAGCAAGACCUCUUUUGUCUAGAGAGCUCGAGUCUCAGAGUCCUAUUGUGUUAGAUAUAAAAGGACAGUCGACUAUUCUUUUUAAAAGUGAGGCAGCUGUAGCUGUGGGUGAAAUGAGGGAUGCCUCUAAAGAAUUUAUAUACGAUCACUCCUAUUGGUCCGUUAGUUCUGAUGACUCUCACUUCGCCUCUCAGGAACAAAUAUUCUCAGAUCUUGGCCACCAUAUCUUGAACUCAGCCUUUGAAGGCUACAACGGCUGCAUAUUUGCAUAUGGGCAGACAGGGAGUGGAAAGACUUACACAAUGAUGGGAAAUGAGCAAUCUCCUGGCCUCAUACCAAGAAUUUGUGAUGGGCUAUUCAAAGGAAUGAAGAAGAACCCCAACCAAGUAUCUUAUAAAGUAGAAGUCAGUUAUAUGGAGAUUUACAAUGAGAAAGUGAGAGACUUGUUGAAAAUGUCGGUUCCUAGUUCGAAUUCGCCUCAACACAAUCUUAAAGUUAGAGAACAUCCAAAAGAAGGACCCUACGUUGAAAAUCUGAGCAGGCAUCAAGUCUCUGACUACCAAGCUAUAGAAGAACUAAUAUCCAUUGGAAACAGUUUCAGAGUUACAGCUGCUACCAAGAUGAAUGAUGUGAGCAGUCGCUCGCAUGCCAUCUUUACCAUCACUUUUAUGCAAGCAAAAUAUUCACAUGACAUACCCAGUGAAACCGUCAGUAAAAUUCACCUGGUGGAUUUAGCUGGAAGCGAGAGAGCUAGUCAAACAGGUGCUGAGGGCCAGAGAUUGAAAGAAGGAGGGAACAUAAACAAGUCGCUGGUAUGUCUGGGUAAUGUCAUUCAAGCCUUAGCCGAAGCUUCCUCAAGCUCAAAGAAGAAGAAUCGUUUCAUACCGUACAGGGACUCUACACUGACCUGGCUACUCAAAGACAGUCUGGGAGGGAAUUCAAAAACAAUUAUGAUAGCAACUGUGUCACCUUGUCAAUACAGUUAUGCUGAGACGCUUAGUACAUUGAGAUACGCCAGCAGAGCCAAGAACAUUGUCAAUAAGCCGAAAAUAAAUGAAGAUGAAAAUGUCAAACUGAUUAGAGAGUUACGAGAAGAAAUCAAGCGCUUAAUGGGCAUCAUUUCAAACACAGACGUGGAGAGCACACUACAUUUAGCAGUGGAUUUACAUAACAAAGAGGAAAAGAUCCAAUCCCUUACAAGAAGCUGGGCAGGGAAAUGGGGAGACAUUCAAAAGAUUAUUGAAGAGCGUGAUCUAGCACUGAGAAGUGAAGGAGUGAAAAUGACAGUUGCUUCUGAGCAGCCUCACUUGCUGGGGGUGGAUGAAGAUCGGUUUGGUGCCGGGGUAGUGCUCUACUAUCUAAAAAGUGGUGACACUACUAUUGGACAUGUUGAUGCCCCCAUUGAGAAUGAUAUCAGUUUUAAAUCUGAGAGUAUAGCUAAUUUUCAUUGCAAGAUUACACUGCUGGAUUAUGGAGAGUCUGUCUACCUUCACAAACUUGAGGGCCUAUCUUUUGUCAAUCAAAUACCAGUCGAACAGGAUGAGCCUGUAAAACUGUCACACAGUGAUACAUUGAAGCUGGGCAGUAAUACUUAUCUUAGAUUUAAUAAUCCUCAGGAAGCUAUGAAACUUAAAGAAGAAGCAUCACCAAUGGGAACAAAUAACAACACUUCCAAUGGCUCAUUUGCUUCAGCUGUCUGGAGCCCAUUAAUGAACACUUCUUCAAACUCACUGAUACAGACACUUGAGCAAGAAAGGGAUGCUUUACGUAAACGACAGGAGGACAUAGAGCACGAGUAUGAGGAUAAA